AUGUCUUUACUAUCAAAUGCUUCCGCGCAAUGUUUUCUUUCUUUUCCCCUUUGUUUUCGUAUUCUUUCUCUUUUCUUUCAUUUUAUAAUACCUCCUCUUUCGGUUUCACUUAUCUUCUAUUUAACCCAUUUAAUUCCUCCUCCUCGAUCUUCUUCUUCUUCUUCUUCUUCUUCUUCUUCUUCUUCUUCUGAUGCUGAUUUUCUUUUUCCUUCCUCCUUCUCCCCGUUCUUCUUUUCGUUCUACUUCUCCUCCUCCUCCUUCUCUUCUUUUUUCAAAAUCCUCCUCCUCCUCCUCCUUCUUCUUCUUCUUUACUCCAAAAUAUUUAACUUUUCUCUUUCUUUUUUUCACACUCUCUCUAAUUCUCCCUAUUCUCCCUUAUUUCUUUCCAACCCCAACAUGACAUCACCAAUCUCCGCCAUUUACAUUUAUUCACUUCUUUUUUCUGCUUCUUACCUCUCUGAAUUCUCAGUAAAAUCUAUCUAUCUAUCUAUCUAUCUAUCUAUCUAUCUAUCUAUCUUAUAA